AUGGUAGAAGAUAUGGAAGACAAAUGCAACACUACAGCGGAGGAGAUGUGGUCGCGUUUCGAAGAUCUAUGUGUAAAAGAAGCCAAAACAACACUUGGAGUAUCAAAAGGUACUCUAAGCACCAAAAAAGAUCCCACAUGGUGGAAUGAAGAAGUGAAGGACACUCUGAGGCGUAAAAAAGAGCUCUUCAAACAAUGGCAGAGCACAGGACAAGACACCGACCAUAUUGAAUACAAAAACGCUAAGAAGCUGGCCAAACGCAUAGUAGCACAAAAUAGGGCAGACUCUAGAAAUCGCUUCUACGACAGACUUGAGAAAGCCACUAACAAUAAGGAAGUAUUUAAACUCGCGAAAAAUCGACACGGUGCAAGUCUCGACAUCAAAAUUAACAAAUAUGUCAAAGACGAAAAUGGCAUUCUACUGACCGAAAACGGCAAGAUCAAUCGCCGGUGGUGUCAAUAUUAUCAGCGCCUUCUCAACGAGGAAUUUCCAAACAAGCCCUUAAGUGCCAUACCAACAACUGCUGGACCCGUCGACAGAAUAAGUGUGCAGGAGGUUUUGAAUGCCCUUAUGAAAGUUAAAAACCACAAAGCAGUAUAG